CAUUUUGACCAUAACUCAACCACAUCUAUUUGGUAUGUCAUGAAACUUACUACACUAAUACAUCUAGGUGUCUUUUAUCAUUCUGUGACCUCUCUGGGUCACUAUAUACCCCCAGGGCCUCUGUAUUGGCAAGGGUGUAUCCCAUCGCUUUCUGACAUUAUUUCCCCCUGGUACACAUGCAGGGAAUCUCCUUUGCCUUGUACUACUUGUCUCAGUGGACUAGGGGUGCUAUAUGCACCAUUCAAUGCACUAGCAUUGCGCUCUGCACCCCUUGAGUCUAAAUAUGUUCUCUGAACACCGCUCAUGUGUCCUCUUGAUUGAAUGUUCAUAGGACCUCCAUAGAUGGUUCUGUGAUGCCUAGGGCAAUGUAAUCCCCCUCCUCCCCUCCCCUACCCCCAUUUACCCCCUCAGAACGCCCUCCCCAGCCUCCAGGGGGAAACGCUCUAGGGCCAAUAGGUGAGGUGGAGGAGCCAUUAUACCUCUGCAGCCCUCAUACAUGUAUAUACCCUUAGUUUGUAGUCAUUAGGGCUUAAAAAUGCGAC